AUCAUGGCGGUUCAGCAAACGUAUCCCCGAUGGUUGAUUAACUGUAAACAGGGAAUUAGCGAUUCAAAGGAAUGGAACACAUUUUUAGGAGAGUUACAUGAGGCCAUCCAACAACAGCUGACAGAAAGUCAUGUCCAGUAUUUCACAGACUUGUCUGAGGCUGAGAAGGAGCUGUUUAUGGAAAGGGCCACUGCUGCUAUUGAAGGAGGUGGAAUAUUCACAAAUCUGUCUAAGAAAGUCUCAGUUCUCCUGGACCAACACCUUAACGAGGAAGUUUCCCGCCAAUUAUUGGAGGAUGCCCCUGUUGGAACGAAGUCUGACCUUAUUAUAGAGAAUGCAGAGGAGGGCUCACUCAGCAUGCUGAAGAAAUGGCCAGACAUGAAAAAUAAGCUCAAUAUUUGUCUAAAUCAAGCACUCCCUGUGCCUCUGAGACAGGUCGCCUGGAGACUGUAUCUCACAAACAACAAAGUUAGAAAACAGUAUGUGGACCAACUUAAUACCAACCCCAGGGCAGCCAUCUCCCCAUACGACCUUGAGAUCAGUCAGAAGUGCGAGGCACUCAUCAAUACAGAGACGACGUUUGUUGACCUCAAAGGAGCUGUGGGGUCCUUCUAUGCCAUGAAAGCUGUUUUAUCAUACUACCAUGCCUCUCUGAAGACCAAGAACAGACUACGAGACGUUGAUCAUCUCCUUGUUGUGCCAUUUGUAAAAGUGAAUGAUUCAAACAUGCCAAAACGAGAGCCACCAGCUGGUCGAGUGAUUGCUGCACUAGUGGAGCAGUAUAUAUCCUACAUGGAUUCUAGACCAGGCUUUGUCGUAGACAACGGUUCAGAUAAACAUGAAGAUGAGAUGCUUGCCUUCAUAGAUAAGAUCGGUAAAGAACUGCAGGAGAAGUUUCCGAGUGUUGCCAGGGCUAUUGUGAACAAUGUUGUCAGCUCAAAGGAGAAGAUUGUGGAGACAGAGACCGGUAAAUACGCGUUGUUAAUGGAAGGUCUCACCUCGCUCGUCCGGCCCGUCAUCCGAGGCAUGUUCGUCACCUACCUGAACUUUGACACACUUCUGUAUGUGUGGGACCAGUAUAUGAUUGGCUCUAAUACUCCAGGAUUCCAUACGGAGUGGCUGGCCAACGUUACUCUAGUGUUCCUGGGACUUCUCAGAGAAAAACUCAAGGACGCGUCAUCGGCAGCGGAGAUGGACAAAACUCUGAAGGUAGAAGGGCCGAGGUUGAUGAUACCACAGUUUCAGUAUGAGGUGAAAACUGACCAUUACAAGGGACUGUACUCUAUGUUACAACAAGAUCAGAAGGCGGCCAUGCCGGUCCUGGAUCCUACGCAGUCUCAACAUCCGCCAUGGCGUCAUUGGUACAAUGACGUCAUUCCACCGUACACUAAACCCCAGGAGAGGCGGCGUGCCCGAGAGGAGAGGGAAGCUGAACGAGAGAGAGUGGCACGUAUGCAGAAGGACAAUGAGAUCAGCAAGCGGGAACUGGCAAUCAAGGAACGAAGGGAGGAAGAUGAAGACUACCAGAGAAUGGCAGCAGGAGAGAGACAGAGGUUAGAAAUGGAGAGGAUGAGACUCGAGGAGAUGGUUCAGGAGGAACGGAGAAAGAGGCUGCAGGCUGAACAGAGAGCCCAAGAACAGAUCGAACGCCUUAAAAUGGAGGUGGCUGCUCUUGGUUACACCAAACCGAGAUCUCGUGCCUCUACAGGAAGAUCAUCUACCGUCCUCAGUCGAUUCUGUGUGGCUCCCCCACCCACGCGAAUAUCGUCACCGGAACUACUCCCCACGAUAAAGGAAGAUAAGCGAGCUCCCACCCCUGCCAAAUCUCCCGACAACCAGACUCGAGAGGUCCUCAUCGACUUCCUACAGAGAGUAAAGCUUGGAGCAGACAAAGUUGCCCAUGGCCAGGGAGAGGACAAGGCUGAACUGGACAAGGAAACUGAUGGCUAUUUACAACAAAAUGUCAAGGACAUCAAGCGAGCACAGAGAGACAUACUUGGCCACACGCUAAAGCCCGGGGAGUUUGACAGAAUGUCACCAACAUCCCAGCAGAACAUCAGCGAACAGAUGAUGAAGAUGAUGCAGAAAUGGAGAGAAGAUCGAAGAGCCAGGGAACUUCAACAGACACCGGGGAGUCGCAAAAACUCCCGAAACAAAUAGAGCGAAGGUUAUAUUGGAAGGUCUGUAGUACCCCACAUCACUGGAGACAUUGAGUACUACAGAAAGUCUGGCAAACUGUCAUUCACGAUUACCAGUUCUGUCAGGGUUUUUAUCAACUCUGCCUGAAUCUUGUAAGUUUUUUUUAAGAUUCUCAAAAGCUAGUCAGGUAAAGAUUUCUGAAAAAUGUUUAAAAAAAAAAAGAUUUUGAUUUUGAUUGAAAUUUUCAGAAUUGAUUGAUGAAUAUAUAUCAAAUUCAAAAUGCUAGUCAGGUACAGAUUUCUGAGGAAAAAAAAAUUCAUGUCCACUGUUUUUUCAGAAAAUCAUUUUUUAUUGAAAACUUAAAGAAGCAUUGAUCAAAGAAUAUAUUUCAAAUUCAAAAUGCAAAUUAUUUGGAAAUAAUGAAAAAUAGCAAAAGAAAAUAUAUUUUAUAAUAAGCUGUUAAGGAUGUAUUGUAGAAAAAUACAAAGGAAAUCAUAAUAAGAAAAAAAUUAUAGUGACAUCACAGAUUUCUGGCCCAGGUCCACAUAUGGACCUAUAUUAGAAACAUAAAUGGGUAUGUCGACCUUGGGUUGGAAAGUCAGAACAAAUCCCUGUGAUAAACACUAAUUAAUUAUGUCAGUUGUCGAGAAUCAAGAACUUUGUGUCUAAGAUGUGUGACACUGAAGUUGUGAAGUGACAUAGAGACACUGGGUAAGUCCCCAGGAUCACGAUUCACACAGUCAAAUUAAUCACUGUUUCUUCCACAUUCCUUUGUAAGUGCUGUUAAAAGAAGGAUUUAUAUAUACACAGAGUUUAUAUAUAUUAGAUAUAUUUAUAUGCCAAAACAAAGAUAUUUUAUCACUAUUUAUUUAUACAGUUAUAUACCCUUACAUUGUCAAAAUAUUUACGACCAGAUAUUUGCAGCAAAUCGUAACCAUAACGAAGUGUUAGCAAAGAUGUAUCAUAUAAUGAUUGAGAUGUUACCAAUCUCCAAAGCUUACACCACAAUCAGAAGAAUUGUUUCUUGUUUUUUUUUUUUUUUUUUUUACGUGUGUGUUUAAAGACAUGUUUGAAAAUAUUUACAUAUAAAUUUAAGUUGACUAUGGAUAUAGUCAUUGGCUUACAGCUGAUUAUUACUUAUUUGUAUGUGUACUAUCCUCGCGACUAUUGUGACGUCGUUAUUGAAUGUCAUCAGUCUCUGUGGUGAUAUAUGUUUGUAUCGUUGGGGUGGCCUGUUUUGUUUCUUAUUUGUUUUCAAUGUGGAGGUAUGUAAAAUAAUGUUCUGAACUGAUGAAAUGGUCCUAGAAAAUACAUAGGUAUGUUCAGAAAAUCGAAGCAUGGACAUAUAAACUAUAUUUUCAAUUUUUUGCUUUUUUUUUUUUUUUUUGCUUUUUUUCUCUGAUUUGGUAUGGAUAGUUUAUAAGGCACUAAUCUUUUUCAUUUUGGGGUGUUUUCGAUAAUCAAUAACAACAAAAAUAAACAUUUUCAGUCACCCGAGACGAAGAUGGUGUUAAAGGCCCUUGGGCCUCUUGUUUAUGUUAAUGCUGAAAUGAUAUUUACACUUCAUGUCAACAUGUCUCUGAAUUCUUUAGUUUAUUGCUGGCAAGUCUAGCUUCAAUGUCCCAAUUAGAUUUAAAUUUUAUAAAGUAUUUACUCUCAUUAUAAAAGUAUGAAAUGUCUCAUCGAUAUUUAUUCUGAUGACACAUUAUAAAUGUGUUAUACAUUCCGUCCAAUUAGACAUGAUAGUCACUCUCAUAUCAUAACAAAUAUAUGUAUAUUAUGUAAUAUAAUUGAUAGGUCUGCUUUCAUUUAUAAGGUUGAACCAGUCUGAGUGGCACAAAAUGUUCUGUGAUAAUAUAUAUAAUUAGUCACACAUAGCCUGGAAGCCUACUGAUUUUUAGCUACUCACUGAGAUUAAGCUCACUGUCAGAUAUUUUCAUCAGAAUGAUUGCAUAAAACUAUAUGGCAUUCUUUCUUCCAUAUACUUCAUAUUAUAAGAUUGUUUUUAAUUACCUACACUUGUAUGGAAUGUUUCAUGAGUAAACUCCACAGAUAUAUUUUUUUUGAAAUAUACAUUACAGUAUUUUGACGUUUCUCUAAUUAUAGUCAUAGAACUGAAUCUCUAUCACAAAUACAUUGUAGCCGGAGUGUGGGUUUUCUGAGGACUUUUGUGUGUCAUAAACUACUUCUUUUUUAAAGUGAUAGGACUAGUUUGGGAUUUUCAGGAUUAUUUGAACCAAUGUGUUUGUCCAAUGCUUGUUUUUUCUAUUUGUGGUAAUAUCUGUUAUAAACUUUUUUAAAAUGUUUUUUGAUAAAUAUGCACAAAAACAUGGGUGUAUAGUAUCAAUUUAACACUGAAUGAGAUAAUCAUUGGAUUUUAAUUUUGUUUUGGGAAUUCAUAACAAAGUAUCAUUUAUAUAGUUAACUAGUAAACAUCUUUUUUUAUGAUUACCUUGAUGAAACUUUUCUAAAAACAAAAACAUAGCUAUUAAAAUAUACAUUUAUUUUUUCAUGAGAAAAAAUAUGAAAUUUCUGCGUAUAGAAAUAAACAAUUUAAGCAAUCAUAUGUGGAGAGCCAAAAAAACGGUACAUAAAUGGUUCAGAUUAUAUCAGAAUUAUCCUGAGAGAGUAUAGCUGGACUAGUUCUCUGUACAGACAAACAUUGAAGGUGCCUUUCUGCCAUGUAUGAUUGGUUUCAGGUACAAAGUAGUUUCUUGAUGAAUUCCUUUUUAUGAAUUGUUAAUAGAAUUUUUUAGUUGAGUGCAUGUCUACAUAUAUUUGAAAGUUACGAGAAAUAUUGUCUGUUCUUCCGUCCAAAUUAUUUCCAUGACAAGUAAAGUAUGUAUUCAAUUACACUAGAUACACUAUGCAAUGACGCAGCAAUAAAUGUUUUAUUGAAUUAA